UGUAAUGUGAGUACCAAACUACCAACCCCAAUCAUCCGUUGACUAGUCCGUCGCCAGCCAUAGCCAUGGAGGGGAAGCAGCGGCCACUCCCACGCAUCGUCGUCGCCGUCGCCGUCGCCCCCCUCCCCAUCUCCGUCGCUGCCGCGGCGGCGGACGCUCCGCCCAAAAUCGGCUUCUCUCCCGCGCAGCCCGAGUAGGCCGCCUUCUCCCAUUUCCACCUCGCUGAGCUCCCAAGUCUCAAACUCCCAACCCCACUCGCCGUCGGUACACGAUGGAGGCCGCCGUGGCGAGCGCUCUGACAAAGGAGGUGGCGCUGAAGCUGGUGUCGCUGCUGAGCGAGAAGCACAAGCUCUCCAAGGGCCUCAUGGAAGACCUCCGCUUCAUCCGGACCGAGCUCGACAUGAUCUCCAGCGCCAGGGACACCCACAGCCACCUCGGGAACCCGGGCGCCUCCGCAUCAGCAUCCCAGGCCGCGGUGUCCAUGGACGAGAUGCGGGAUCUGGCGCACGACAUCGAGGACUGCAUCGACCGCUUCCUCCCCUGCGUCGCCUGCGAGGGGGAAGCCUCGACCGUCCUCCACCGCAUGAAGAAGGCGGUCUCGAGCACCAGAUCCCGGUUCGCGGCCGAGAUCCACAAGCUCAGGAGGAGGCUCAAGGACGCGCACGAGCGGAGGGUCAACUACGACGUCCACCACCACAGCGGCGGGGCCUCGUCCUCCUCCGCCGCUUCUUCUUCUCCGGCGACGGUGGCGGAUGCGGCCGAGAGUGACCCCGUCGGCAUCGAGGGACCCAAGCAGGAGCUUGUCGACCUGCUGCUGGGGAGCGAGCCGGGGAAGCUGAGCACGAUAUCCAUCGUGGGGUUCGGCGGCUCGGGGAAGACGACGCUGGCCAGGGCGGUGUAUGAAUCCCCUGGUGUGGUACAGAGCUACCCUUGCCGUGCCUGGGCCAUGGCAUCGCAGCACAGGGACCCCGAGGGGCUCCUGACGGCGAUACUCCGGCAAUUCACUGCCGAUGUGCCACCCGACCGAAGUUCGAUCAAAGAAUUUCUGCAGGCUACAAGGUGUUUAAUUGUAAUUGAUGACAUAAACAAGCAACAUUGGGAUGCCAUAAAGUCUAUCCUUACUAAGGAAACAGAAAGCAGAAUCAUAGUAACCACAGCUCUUCAGUCAGUAGCUAAUGCUUGCAGCUCAGAUGAUGGUUAUGUUUACAAGAUGAGCAUUCUUAAUGCGGAGCAUUCCAAGGUUUUGCUAAAUAAGAAGGUUUUCUUUCGAGGAUGUUCGCCUGAAUUGGAGCGGGGUUCAACAGCAAUUGUGGAGAAGUGUGAUGGCCUUCCACUUGCACUUGUUAGUGUGGCCAAAUUUUUGCUAGGCGAGAAUGAGCUAACAGGAAGUCAUUGUGCGCAAGUUUGCCGCAGUCUUGGUCAUCAUAUGGAGAAGGAGUCAGACUUCACAAAACUGCGACAGGUUCUUGUAAAUAACUACAGCAAUUUGUCUGGCUAUCCUCUCAGGACCUCCUUGCUAUACACAAGUUUGUUCCCAAAUGGUCAUCCCAUUAGGAAAAAUACUCUAAUUAGGCGAUGGUUAGCUGAAGGAUAUGUGCAAUGUCAGUAUAAACGCAGUGACCUGGAGGUAGCAGAUGAAAACUUCAGGGAGCUUGUUGAUCGGAAUAUUAUUCGUCCAAUUGAUGCUAGCAACAACGCAAAGGUGAAGACGUGCAAAACUCAUGGUAUCAUGCAUGAGUUCAUCCUGCACAAGUCCAUGUCUGAUUACUUUAUCACAUCUCUUCAUGAUCAAAAUCGAAGCAAUUUUCGUCACCUGUUCAUUCAAAACCCUGCAAGUGGCAGCGCCUUGGGCCUGAACCAGCACCAGCACCAGCAGACAAGUCCAAUAAACAAUGAAGCAUCCAACAGUGAGAAAUUUCGUGCCCGGUCUCUAACGAUCUUCGGGAAUGCGGGGGAAGCUGCUUCUGAGUUUUACAAGUGCAAGCUGCUGCGAGUGUUGGAUCUGGAAGAAUGCAAUGAUUUGGAGGACGAUCAUCUCAAGGACAUACAUAAGCUGUGGCAUCUAAAAUAUCUGAGCCUUGGGGGCGCUAUCAGCGAUCUUCCAAGGAAAAUUGACAAGUUACACUGCCUAGAGACACUAGACUUGAGGAAGACAAAGAUAGAGAUAUUGCCAGUGGAACUCAUUGGGUUGCCUCACCUGGCUCACUUGUUUGGAAAGUUUAAGCUUGGGACAAAUAACUUGAAAACGAGUGAACUAGUGAAGUUCUUGCCCAAAAAAAGUAAGUUGAAGACUCUUGCGGGAUUUAUUGCUGACGAGAACCCUGGAUUUCUACAACUAAUGGAUCAUAUGAAUGAAUUAAAAAAGGUGAAGAUAUGGUGUGAAUCCAGUAGUACAACAGACAACAAUAGCUUGACUCACAUUUCAAACGCAGUUCAGAAGUUUGCUCAGGAUGGUAUGGACACAACAGGUGUUCGUUCUCUGUCACUUGAUUUUGGAAAUUCUUUGGGAGACUUCCUAGGUUCUAUACAAGAAUAUUGUUAUCUUAGCUCACUGAAACUGCACGGUAGGCUGAAUCAAUUGCCUCAGUUUAUUACAUCCUUGUGUGGCCUCACGGAUUUGUGCCUUUCAUCGACUAAUCUAACGGGGAGUGAUCUAUCAAACCUGUGUAAGCUGCGCUACUUGCUUUAUCUCAAGUUGGUUGAAGCUAACCUUGGGAGCUUCAUCAUUAAAAAGGGGGAUUUCCCAAGCUUGCGACGUUUAUGCCUUGUAAUGCAAGUACCCAUCGCUCCUACGAUUGAAGAAGGGGCUCUGCCGUAUCUUGUCUCACUACAGCUGCUCUGUGAAGAUCUUGUUGGUCUUUCCGGCAUCAAGAUUGAAUACCAUGAUUGUCUCGAGGAAGUUGCUCUUGAUUCAAUGGUCAGUAUGAAAACUGUAGAAAUGUGGGAAACUGCAGCGAAGAAGCAUCCUAAGAGACCAAAAGUUACGUUUCUCAAAAGGAUUGAUCCAAGCGAAACUCAGUAUACUGUGAAAUAUGUUGCAGCAGAUGGACCAGCACGUGAGAAGAAAUCCUCCAUUGAGUUCAAUCAAGUUCAGUUAACACAGAAUAUGUCACAGAAGAAAUGUAUAAUCCAAUUGGGUACAGUGAAUAAACUCAACUCAGCUUUGAAGCAAAUGAUAGUUUCAGAACCCGAGCUGUCCAGUGCUGGGAACGGUGUGAUGCCCCCUUCUGCAAGCAUAUGUUAAAGCAGCGUUGCUGGAGUUCAGGAACUUAGCCAUGGGUUUCAACCUUAUCUAGUUUAGUGUCUGCCUCCCCGGUGAGGUCAUGCACAUGCUACCUUAGCUUUGGGCUUGUACAGGAACUCUUUUCCUAUCUAUGCAAGGAGAAGUAAAGAUUUUGCGUUUUCUCCGGUGAAAAUAUAUUGCCGGAGUUCAUCAUGCAGGCUGCGAGAUAAGCCUCCAUCCGUGCCGAACAAUGUCCGUCUCUAAGAAUAAAGUUCGCCAUGGUAUCUACUCUCUCCGUUUCAUAAUUCUUGUCAAAAUAUUACAUGUAUCUAGACACAUUUUAGGAAUAGAUACAUUCACUUUUGGACAAAUUUGAGACAAGAAUUAUGAAACGAAGGGAGUAGUUCGUGGCUGUAGAAUUAUUACUCGUAACAUAUUCUUGUAUCAUGUCAUGUAGCACAAACACGAACUAGUGUGGUAUGGUUGAUUAUCGGUGAUUUUUGCGUGAACUGGAUUUGACACGUACAGUGACGGCUUAUUGAGAUAUAGCGUGGACCUGUAUAUACACGUCCAUUUACUCA